AUGUCCGACAAACGCAUCGCAUUAAAGUUGGGCUGGCGAAUGCGAAAAUCCACAAUGGGAAAGCGAGUAGGUGAUGCCGCUCGAUCAGUAUACCUUCUUUCGCGCCAGUGGCCAUGGGACUUGGUUGCAGGCUUCGUACCAAGGAAAUGGAGCAUCCCGGCUCUGGAGAAUCUGAGGAGGCUCUUUAGAAUUAUCCAUCAAAACUUCACAGUACAUGAUCAUCGGAACGACUUCAGUUUCGAUAUCCGGGGCGCGUGCGAUUAUUUCGCUGAUGAUAAUCCUGCUCGACGCGAUGUUAUACGCAGAACAAUGACGCGAUUGAGGUGCUCAAUCAGCACGGUCGUGUCAGAAGACGAAGAUGGAUGGCAAGACUAUAGAGGCUAUGACCAUUUUGACGACGACGACGAUGAUGAUGAUGAAUAUGUCGACAUUGCUACUCCUACAAAGAGAUCAAGAACACCCUCAUCACCUUCACUGAGCCCGAAGCGAGCACGAACGGCCGAGUCUACUGAACCACGCCCACAGAGCAUCACAGACAUCACCAAUUCCUUACAAUCAUUGCACGCCCAAAAGCAAAAGGAGCUCGAAGCGGUAACCAAUUCACUGGACGAGAUAACAGCUUCAAUCCAAGCAAAGGAAGCAUCUCGAACAAAUCACGUCAACGCAAAAAUUGACAGACUAUCCUCCAACGUGAAGGCCUACGAAUCAGAACGGGAGAAGAUCCUCAAAAUUCGAGGACUCGUGGAACAGCAACACGAAGGCAUGAUAAUGAAAGCAGAUCAUUUCCUACAGCAGUACACGUCGCGACUUGAAGAAUGCGACAAAUUAAUUGCGCAGGCAAACGCUGAUGUUUUGGAAGAGCUGGAUCAGAUGGCGCGAAGGGAUUUUGACUUGAGAGAUGAGAAGAAGAGGUUGGAAGGACGUGUGAAUGAAGUUCUGGAGGAGCAAGGACCCAAUGCAAGUUACUGGAAUGGCUUUGACGGUACUGUACGAAGAGGCAAACCGUGGGCCACUGUUCUUACUGUUGUAGGGACAGUCAGUGGUAGGGCACAGUUGAUGCAGGUCCGUUGGUCAGCUGCAUUAACGGUUGCCUCUUGGAUGGAACGGCAAAGGGUGACAGAAAUCUAA